GCUCUUGAUUCGUCAGAUCAGUGUGUUCAGAGUAGACUGGAUUCGACAGAUGAGUUCCAAUGGCGAGAGUGAUCCGUCAAGCGAGGUCAUAGCCGCACUUACAAAGCAGCUAGGUGUCGAUGCGGCUGCUGUCGAGCGGGCUUUCCGGGCAGGCGUCUCUCACGCUGAGACCAUGGCCAAGCGGCGGCGAGUUGGCGAAAAUCUGUCAGAAGCCUCGAGGUCCAAAGGAGCUGAGGAGGUCUUGAACUCUAGCUCAAGAAUGCACCUGUUACUAGUAGCGACGCACUUGUUACUAGUAGCGAUGCACCUGUUUCUAGUAAACUUAUUGAGUUUGAAAAAACAUUUGAAUGGCUCUUCUGCCAGGUAUACAUGUUCCACAAUAUUGUGUCACCGCCGGCUGUUUGUUCAGGAGACGUCAGGCAUAAAGUUCAGUGAAGGCAUUUCCUUUGAACAACUCCGACAAGAGCUAGCUGAAUUUGCCAAAGAGCGUGAUUGGGACCAAUUCCACCAACCCCGCAAUCUUGCCCUGGCACUGGUGGGUGAGGUCGGAGAACUAUGUGAGUGCUUCCAAUGGAAGGGCGAGGUGGAAGAAGGGCUUCCUGGAUGGAGUGACAAGCAUCGGACUGCGGUGCGGCAGGAAAUUGCAGACGUAUUGCUCUACCUUAUACGCUUGAGCCACAAGUGCCACAUCGACCUUCCCAAAGCUGCACUGGAUAAGCUGGCAGUGAACGCUGCAAAGUACCCAGCUGGUCUGGUGCGCGGGAGCAGCAGGAAAUACACCGAGUACACAGUCAAUGCCAGUGCAUGAAGACGUCACAGAGGUUCAUGAGUUUGGAGUCGACAUAGGGAUAGGAUUGCAUAGUCCCGCUUCGAUGCAAAGUUUGUCGAAGCCCAACGCAGACAUAGAUUUUGUGAGCUAAAACUAGGUGCACUGCCGCUACAGGCAUGUUUGCCAUUCUGUAUGAGCAUUUAUGCCUCAGUUUGAUGGAUGAGAACUGGAUGGUUUGAUUCAAUCUGGGCAAUGAGGUGUUAACACUUGCAACCACCGAACUUCAUUGACUGUUCUGCUUGUCAGCCUUUGAUGCCCU